UACUCCCCCUCACAUUGGGUUGAUCCAAUCUGUCCUUUGAUCCUUUAAUACACAGCAGGUUACAUGGUAACUGGAGUUUUAAACAAUCACAGGGCAGUAAGAGGAGUUUGAACAAUCAGGACGGUUUAGAGAGAGUGGGCUGACCUUGACUGACUUCAGCUACUCUGCAUACUAUUAUUUCAUUUGAAUACAAUACAAAGUAACAACAUACAACUGGAAUUGUUAAUUUGAUCAAUUCAAUUUCUGUAAAUAAUGUAUUUGCAUUAGAGAUGAUCGUUGUAGUUUACACUGCAACUCAAAUGUAUCAGUAAUGUGCCUUGAAGCUGGCUGUUCAGCUCCUCAUCGACAAACCGCAGUUGCUCUGUGUGCAAUCCCACAGUCACACAGGAUCACGCAGGAUGUUGACGUCACCGUUGACCGUAGCUGCAUGUUUGUUGACGUCAACGUUGAGAGUCUGGUCACCGGCCAGCAGGUGAAUGUUUCCGUGGACAGGCACUCUCCAAAACCGUUGGACACCACCAGGAGGAAGAGAGGGGUUGUUCAAGAGAAUACCACCAGCAUCUUGAGCAGCAUUGAGUGGGAAAGAUCAUUUCCAGUGAACAAGCUGUUAAUCAUGGAUAACCUGGAUCAACCUCUCCACCACACACUGGACAGACAGAGGAGCACAGCAGUCUUUUUAUUUGUAUUAUUCAAACCAAACAUUUAGUUUAGGUUACAAAAUCUAUUUGAAUAAGUUCAUAUUUUUUUCCUGAAUAAAAGCUCUGAACUUGAUAUGAAUUAUUUUAUUUUUUGUGAAGAUAGGCAAAUAAUUUAUCUGCCAGAUACUGAUGCUGGCGGGCCAGUUUUGGCCCAUGGGCCACCAAUUGCUGAUAACUGUAUUAUGGUUUUACUGUAUUAAUAUAUUUUACUACCACACAAAAUAUUGCAUUAAACCUAAGCCAGAAUUUACGGUUAAACCCUGUUAAAAAUGACUAAUAAUACCAUGUUGUUGCUGUACUGUAAUGUUAUAUGUAUAGAGUUACCAAAUUGUGUUCCUCUUCAUUAUCAUUAAACAAUUUUGAAAGUUUUCUUUCAGUGGUUGAUCCACAGCUCAUUAGUGACAGUCAGGUUAAUCCAAGUUUAUAAUACUUGGUUACAUCAUAAACAUGUGUUAAAUACCAAAACGGUUCUUUUUGAGAUUCUAAAUUACUUAUUUUGAAGAAUUUUACAUUAAGUUAAAGUGGUUUGUAUUUUUUUUAUAUUUUCUAUAUGUAAAUAAUGAAUUUAAUAUCACCCAUCAUUUGUUUUCUUAUAUUCCAUUAAUAUCUGUCUUGUAUUAGUUUUUGAACUUAAUUUUAGUAGAGGAUUAAUUGAACUUGAGAAGUAACUCAAUAAAUGUGAUCUGUUUGUUUUUGUAAAUUCAUAAAUUAAAACUAUUUUAAAAGCAACAGUAAAUAUUAUUGAUAUAUGAUUACAUGUAUGUGCAGGUACCAGGAAGAAAGGAAACUGAGAAUGAACUACAAUGCAACAAAUAAUAUAUUAUAUACAAUAAAUACAGUAUAAAUGUCAAUGAUGUCAACAAGAAAUACAUUUAGUGAGCAUGUUUGGACAAAGAGCACAAGAAAUAAAGAAAUGAGUAGUUUGCAUCUAAAGUCCAAAAGCUGCACAUGAAUAGAAGAGUCUUCUCCUCUGUCUGUCUGUCUGUCUGUCAGAUUGUCCUGUGCUGCACUUUCUACAGCAUGUUCAAGCUGAUCAGAGGAAGUCAUUCAGUCACACAAUCCUGACUCUGUGGUGAAUCGUCCUGGAUUACAGUGUUCGACUGAAACAGCGCACAGAUCUCAGUUGUGGCAACAUUGGUGAUUUUGUCCAGCAGUUGUGCAUCAAAGCAGUUCAGCUUUCUUCUCCUCAGGAGGGCGUGAGGGUUCAUCCGUUUGACUGUCUCCUGGAUUGACAGGACGAUAUCAUCUCUGAUGGAGGUGGAGAAUGUUACCUGGUGGAUCACACUGGGUAAAGCAGUGGUGACAUGAUCCAAAACAGCCUUUGUGACCCCAACAGCCAUUUUACAGAGGUGCUGGGAGGGCGUGUUGAGAAAGGCAGUGGGAGGAGCCAACCAGAGUCCCUGUACGACUUUGGGAACGAUCUCCAUCACCACAUCGUGAGGCCCGAGCAGUUUGGAGCCCGGGGUCACCUGCAGCUUCUCUGUCAGGAUCUCGCCAUAUUCACGAGCCAUGCUCACAAACUUGUGAUUUUUGUAGGAAGCGGGGAACUCAUCAGGAGACUUGAGCAGUUUUCUGGCUUCAAACACAACGUCUCUGUUCAGCAUGCUGUUGUUCACCUCCCACACCAGGUUGAGAAGAGCUGUGACUUCAGCAUCGUAGCCCUCCAAUUCAAACUCCCAGAGCUGCACUCGGAGCGUUCCCUUGCUUUUCUCCAUCAGCAGUCACACAGGAUCACGCAGGAUGUUGACGUCACCGUUGACCGUAGCUGCAUGUUUGUUGACGUCAACGUUGAAAGUCUGGUCACCGGCCAGCAGGUGAAUGUUUCCGUGGACAAGCACUCUCCAAAGCUGUUGGACACCACCAGGAGGAAGAGAGCGGUUGUUCAAGAGAAUACCACCAGCAUCUUGAUCAGCAUUGAGUGGGAAAGAUCAUUUCCAGUGAACAAGCUGUUAAUCAUGGAUAACCUGGAUCAACCUCUCCACCACACACUGGACAGACAGAGGAGCACCUUCUCAAAAAGACUCCGACAGCUCCACAGUCACAAGGAUCGAUGUUGCACUUUAAGCGUUUUGUGUCUUGGUUACUUCCGCCCAAGUUUCCCUCAUUCAUUUGAGCAGCGCCACCGCGAGGAGACGUCAAGUUACGGCGACCGAGUUGACUGGCUGAUUGAUGGGACGUGUGUCCCAGCAACCACAGACAACACAAUGAUUCUUUGGAAUCUUUAUUUUGGAGAGGAACCAGAAAAGCAGAGGUAA